AUGAGCACUGCCAAAUUAUUGGAGACUAUUGCUAAUUUACGUCUUGAAAAGGACCAGCUAUUGAAAGAAAAAGAAGAAAGAGACCAAGAGAUAGAGAUGUUGGAAGAUAUGAACAAAAAGCUUGUACACCUAUUGGGGGUAAAAUCCGAAGGAGGGGUUGAUUUGGAAACGAUACAAGCAGAACUCCAUAAAAGGGAUGAAUAUAUUGAAGAAUUGAAAGAAAAUGUCACAAAGAUGCAGCAAGAGAAUACGUUGCUUUUAGAAAAGAAUGAGCAGAUACGAUCAGACUAUGAGGACCAAAUAUAUCAGCUUACUGAACAAAACAAAGAUAAAGACAAGAAAAUGGCAGCACUGGAAGGGCGUCACAAGGACUUGAAGCGUACAUUUCGUUUUGUCCGAGAGCAACUAAAGCUAAAAGAAAAGGAAGCGAAAGACUGGAACGAACACAAGGCUCUCGGGUGCUUGGCAGACCUAAAUAGUGUUCAAGAUAUGAUAAACAAAUUGGAUGAUUUGCUGAUACAAAAGCGUGAAUAUACGGCAACUAUUGACUCACAAAAACAGGCGUUUAAAGCAGUAGUAAAGCAGUUUACUGAAAUGACCAUAAGGUGUGAAGCAGAAUUGAGGCUGGGAAGGCAAGGACGAUACUGA